CUCGCUCUCCCAGGAGAGGACUGGGAACGGUGGUCGUUGGCCACCGCGAAACGGCUGAUUUCAGCUGGUAAUUCCGAGAAAUGAGGGGCUUGUGGCCGGUGAUGCUGAUUCUGGCAAGGAUCCUCGAGCCGCUCCUCGGGGACGACGGGUGUCACCGUAACGACACCGACCACGCCAUUCCUUGUCAAAGAUCGCGGGAGUUGCUGCUGUCCAGGCGGAGGCGUCUCGCUUUUCCACAGGGCAGCACGUUCGUGUUGACAGGGUCCAUCUUGCAACCGAUUCCCGUCAGAUUGCCGAGUAAUUGGAAUCUGGUGUUCGAGUUCGACAUGAUCUGGCCUAUACCGACCACGGAGGAUUAUAAGAGGAAGAAGAAGUACAAGAAGUACAAGAGGAGACAGUGGAUGGUGAAACGACGUCAUCGGCGAGAGUUGUACGCCACCUUUGAGAUGGCGUUGAACAGCCAAAACUUGCCGGGAAGAGAGUGCACGCUGAGAACGAUCUGCGAGGCGAGAACUUUGUUGAGUCCACCUGGCGAUUCCUUCGUGGAAGAUGCCCUCCGAUUGAUAUUAAGGUACAAUAUUUGCUCGAAGUUGUAUUGUAUCGAAUAACCGUUAUCCACACGUUUAUUUCUUUCUUCUUUCUCUUUUCUUUUUCUCUUCUUCUCUCUCCUUUUUUUCUCUUUUUUUUUUUAGCAACGUCGACAACGUGAGACGAGUCGAUUCCUACGACGUCGCUUAUAGAACCGAGACGCCUUGCGAAGUUGCUUACCCCUGCC